GACUUGGCCUACUGUUCGCUGACCCUCUGUCGCUGCCUCCAAAUCUGCUACCUUCGUCCCCGAGCGAUAGCCAACCCGUCUCCUAUACUACUAGCACAUGGCAGCGUUCGCCCCGCUUGACCUCCCCGCCUCAGGCAAGCUCCCCUUCACCGACUACUCCCGCUGGCGCCUCCGCAUCUCCCCCAACGGCGACCACACCUGGCACUACCUCCGCACCGACGACGACCUCGCCGCCUGGCCCCAGGCCACCUACGACAAGUACUGGCUCGGCCAGGACGUCGGCCUGCCCGCGCUCCCCAAGCCCACCAACGCCCUCGAGGCCGCGCGCAACGGCUACCGCUUCUUCCAGAAGCUCCAGUGCGAGGACGGACACUGGGCGGGCGAGUAUGGUGGGCCCAUGUUCUUGAUCCCCGGGCUGGUCAUCGGCAACUACGUGUGUGGGCAGGGCUUCGAGCUGGAGGAGCGGCUGGAGAUGAUCCGCUAUUUGUUCAACCAUGCGAACGAGGAUGGCGGUUGGGGCAUCCACAUCGAAGGCCCAAGUACGGUGUUCGGGACGGCCCUGAACUACUGCGCGGCUCGUAUCCUCGGCCUGAAGCCCGACCAUCCCGUCGCCGUGAAGGCGCGCGCAUGUCUGCACAAACUCGGCGGCGCGGUCGGCGCGCCGUCCUGGGGCAAGUUCUGGCUCUCGAUCCUGAACGUAUACGACUGGGAGGGUAACCACCCCAUCCCAUCUGAGCUCUGGCUGCUGCCGGAUUGGGUGCCCAUCCACCCGCACAGAUGGUGGAUCCACACGCGCAACGUCUACAUCCCCAUGGGCUACCUGUACGGCGUGCGCUUCAAGAUGGAAGAGACCGAGCUCGUCCUGGAUCUCCGCGAGGAACUCUACACGACGCCCUACCGCUCGAUCGACUGGCCCGCGCAGCGGAGCAACGUCGCCGCCAUCGACCUCUACACCCCGCACUCGACGCUGCUCGAGGGGCUUUACGGGCUCCUGGGCACGUACGAGGCGUGCGCGCUGGCGCCCGUGCGGCGCGCGGCGAUCGCGCGCUGCCACGAGCUCGUUGUGCUCGAGGACGAGAACACGGACUGCCAGGACCUCGGGCCGGUGAACAAGAUGAUGAACCAGAUCGUGCGCGUGCACGCGGAAGGGCGCGAUUCCGCCGCCGCACAAAGGCACUUCGCGCGCUGCCGCGACUUCAUGUGGAUAUGCGCGGAGGGCAUGAUGAUGUGCGGCACGAACGGCUCGCAGCUGUGGGACGCGGGUUUCGCGGGGCAGGCGCUCGUGGAGACGGGCUUGGGUCUCGAGGACGAGUUCAGGGCGAGCGUGCUGGGCGUGCUGGGGUGGCUGGACCGGUGCCAGAUCAGGGAGAACCCGAGGCACUGGCGGACGGCGUACAGGCACCAGACGAAGGGCGCGUGGCCGUUCAGCACGAAGACGCAGGGGUACACGGUGAGCGACUGUACGGGCGAGGGGCUCAAGGCGGUGCUGUACAUCCAGGAGCACGUCAAGGACGCGCCGAAGCUGGUCUCCGAGAGGAGGCUGUGCGACGCGGUGGACGUCAUGCUCAGCCUGCAGAACGCCGACGGCGGCUUCGCGAGCUACGAGGUCAUCCGCGCGCCGCUGUGGAUGGAGUACCUCAACCCCGCGGAGGUCUUCGGGAACAUCAUGACCGAGUUCAACUACCCAGAGUGCACGACGUCCGUCAUCACCGCGCUCGCGAUCUUCCGGAAGCACUACCCGCACUACCGCGCGGCGGACAUCGCGCGCACGAUCGCGAAGGCGGUCGACUAUCUGCACCGGGCGCAGCGCCCCGAGGGCGGCUGGUUCGGCUCGUGGGGCAUCUGCUUCACGUACGCGACGCAGUUCGCGCUCGAGAGCCUCGCGCUCGUAGGGGAGACGUACGCGAGCAGCGCGCACGCGCGCAGGGCGUGCGACUUCCUCGUCGGCAAGCAGCGCGCGGACGGCGGGUGGGGCGAAAGCUACAAGUCGUGCGAGUCGCUCGAGUGGGUGGAGCACAAGGACACGCAGGUCGUGCAGACGUGCUGGGCGGCGAUGGCGCUCAUGUACGCGAAGUACCCGCACCCGGAGCCGAUCGAGCGCGCGGUCAAGCUCGUCAUGUCUCGACAGCGGCCGGACGGCUCGUGGCCGCAAGAGGCGAUCGAGGGCGUGUUCAACAAGAAUGUCGCGAUAUCGUACCCGAACUUCAAGUUCGAGUUCACUAUCUGGAUGCUCGGGCGCGCGCAUCAUUACCUUGAGGAGCUCCGUUCGAGGAAGUGAAGGAGAAAAUUCGCGAGGGCGUCGGAGUCUUCCGGCAAUUCAUGCUCGCAUCUGUGUGUGGAGUAUAUACGCUGAUUUAAAUCCAUGUUGAGCCCGGUGUUACAUGAACAUCCCACCCAACACUAAACCUCUAGUCGGCACACCCUUCUCCUCCUUCUCCAUAUCCUCGCUACUGGUUUCCAAAGACGCGACGACGGCGCACAGCUCAGCAAAGCCGUAGAUGAUACACUUCAAUGAAAGGACUCCAACGACGACGCCGCCCACGGCGAGUGCCGCGAAGCGGCCGAGCUCCAGCCAGUAGUUCUCCGGGGAGUCAAGGAUGCGGUGGACGUACGAGCCUUCCUGCACAGCGAUCACCGCGACGGCGAAGACGGUGGCGAGGACGACCACGGGCCAGAGGUACGAGAACAGGCGGUCCUGGCUGAGCUCCGGGUCCGCUUGCAUGCGGCGGAUGACCGCCUGCAGGUCCUCGAGCGGGGGGGCGACCGCGUCGUACCAGUCCGACGCCUCUUCGCGGAUGGCUACGCGGGUGAGGCGGGGUGGCGCGGACUCGCCGCCCUCGUGUUCGUGUUUGCGGACGCGGCGGCGUUGUGUGGUGGUUGGGUUGGUGGUGAUGAGUGCGGAGUACUCCGCGACGGCGUUGUGACGCUGGAUGAGGCCUGGCAUGGAGGUGUGUGUGUGCUGGUGGUGAUCGCAGCGGCGAUGAGUAGGUGGGGUGGUACAGAGGUGUUGGUGAGGUUGAGAGUGUGGUCUCGACUACUGAUGCGGUGUAAUGGUGGGAUGUUCUGCCUGACCAGUCAGACGGAAGGACUUGUGAUAUGUGGGGGAUUUUGGAUUGAGAUGCGUUGGCCUUUUAUACCUCUCAGGGAGGGCGCAUCUACACGUUUGGGGUGGGCGGGAGUCCUCAAACUGCCGCAGACCCAUCGGGCCAGUAUUUGUUCAAGGCCCGACGAACUAGCACCGCUUGUUCUGUGGAACAGUCGGCUCUGAUAGUAUGUUGUGGUGUGUCGGUCCAAAUCAAUAUCCACUACGCUGGAGAUUUC